AUAUCAGUGUACUGGAAACACCCAAUUAUCCUUUUCGGGAUAAACUGUGAAACCCUGUAAUGUAUGUCUGUAAAAAGAAUUAAAGCAGAUGAAUAUGACAAGCAAAAGAAAGUAGCGACCGAUUGUCGUUUGCAACGAAUAUUUUUUUCAAGUAUAGUUACGUCAAACUUUGCGACCAAGCCAAAUUUUACAAAAAUGUUUGUAGUGUUCUACCUAAAGAGCCAAAUAGAUAACCCAAGAGUAAAAAUGUUUGAAAUUUCUACGAAAUGUGCCAACGGUAAAGACUCGCCAACUGGACAGCAAAGAGUCACAUGCGGAUCGCGAGCCGUAUUUUGCCGAUCACUGCGUUAAUCGGAUGGCAUGAAGAUCGUAUUUAACGGAAGCUAACUAUACCAUAACUUCAUUCGGCGAUAGUUUAUACCAUAAAGCAUACCAUAGCAGUUUAUCGAAUAGUUUAGCGCAGCAAAACAUCACAGAACACAUGUUACGUUGAGUCUGCACAAAAUGUGUCAACCCCGAUGGAGCUGCGUUCGCCAGCAUCCCUCCGGUUGGAGCAAUGUUCACCUACAAUAGAUUAAAACGGUGGUGGUAAUUCUGAAGUUAGCACAAAACCUUUAAAAACAUAGAAUAAAAAAUCGUAGUAGUAUCGUUACUGUCGACACCUAUUUCAUUCGAUGUUCACAAAAAAAUGUUUUGAUGUCAUGGUUAGGGUCCAGUCCUUAGUCCUUCUAUAGAAAACUAGUAAAUAUGUAACAAUUAGUUCUUUAUUAAAAACAAUACCAAGAUAUAAUCGAAUUCCCCAAUGAACAGAUUAAAACAAGGCUUGAAUCAGAGCAGAUAUGAAGCAGAGUCCCGUGGUACAGUCGAAAGAUCGUACGACUCAAUAACAUGCUCGUCAUGGGUUCAAGCCUAGAAUUUGACCGUCCCCCCGUAGCAAGAAUUGACUAUCCGGCUGCGUGGUAAUGAAUUAAGUCUCGAAAGCCUGUAUAGGCCGGCAUGUCCACGUGGGACGUUUAUGCCAAAUAGAAGCAGAAGAUGUAGUAGAGUAUGUUCCAAUGUUUUCAGCAAAUCUUUCAUUGCGCUUUUUUUUUAAUAACACAUGCACUCAACACACUUUUUAUUAUUUAUUAUUUAUUUUAUACCACGAUGUGAGGACCAUACCAUGUUAAGUUUUUCUUUAUUGUACAAACUUCCUGUCGGAGUGUCCUAAAACUCCUCACUUUUGCGUACAUUAAUACAACGUUUGGCAUUAGCUCCUCACCCACGGCUCCGCACGUGCUGUUGCAUGGUUGUACAGGUUGAGAAGUAAAUCACGUUCCUGCAGGCAAACGUUGAUGGUAUCAAACCCAGUUUUUUUUUCUGUUCACUCUUUUACCCUAUACGAAGCAAAUUUAGCCGGCCAGACCAAAACAUUCACGCGCUGGUCCGAAUCGCCGCUAUGCGUUGUUCUUGCCGCCGUUUCGGCCUGCGCCACAAAUAUGUAACGCUUCAUGCGCACGCAACUCACCGGACGCAAACGCAAACGGGUGAUCAAUGUGCUUGUCCAGUGAGCGUCCACUACGAUGUCAGCAGUUCUUUGUCAGCUUUCGUGAAGCAAUGAUCGCACCAAGUGAGAAGUAGCUACCUACCGUUUGCAGUACUCACAAGUGACAGCUACUGCAUGUAGCGGUGUAGUAGUAAUACAAGUGUUUAUAACAUAGCAAAAAACAAAAAAAUAAAAAUCAUGAAACUAAGUAAAGUGUUUAAUCACAAGUUUGUGCUGGCAAGCUGUAACCUAAUAUUCAUGUUAUGUGGCAUCACGCUGCUUUCCACCGGGUUUUACCUUUUCACCGAUUCACCGAGGAUUCUGCUAUCUCGCUUGCUAAUAUCAGCAUCCGAUCAGCAAAAGACGCCCUUAUCCGAACUGGAGCAGCCGCUAUUUCACUAUGUGGCGUUUGCACUGACCACGGCAGGUCUCGUGGCCAUUAUUGCCUCCUUGAUUGGUUGUUGGGCCACAUGUAUGAACACGUAUUGUGUUUUAAGUAUGUACUUUCUCAUUAUUCUCUCUUUACUGGUGGCUGAGUUUGGCGUAUGUCUCAUGAUCACUGCGUGGCCUCAGUGCUUAGGAUUAAACCUCAACGAAACCGCAAUGGUUAAGGCACUCCAAGCCAACUAUGGCGUGCCCGGUAAUGAGCAAUUUACAGCAGCAAUGGACUUGGCGCAAACCAUUUUCGAAUGCUGUGCCAUCAACACGAGUAUCAACUACGAUACAUCACUGUGGAAGCUGCAAAGCUUGGGUAAAAAGGAACUAACGGUUCCGUUAACGUGCUGCAAGCUGGUGAAUCGGUUCGAAUUUACGGCGUACCUCGAUCCGGUUCCACUCAAUGCAACUCUUUGCCAGGCGCUACAAACUCAAGAUUAUGAAAAAAGUCGCCAUUUGGAUGGCUGCCUGCAUAAAAUUGAGCUGUGGUAUCGAGAGCAGUAUUUUCUGUUUCUUUGCGCUGGACUAAUUGUAGCGGUGGUCGAGUUUUGCGUUUUGCUUAGCAUUAUUUUAAGCUGUACCAAGCUGCCCCGGAAGAACCAUGCGGCGCAAAUGCUGCGAACAAAUCCGUUGCCCCAUAUUCCAAUACCGGCAUUGCCGGCAAACCGUCGGGUCCGGGAUAAUAUCUACGAGCAUGAGCUGCCUACGCCCAUUCCCGUACCAACCAUCCGGGAAACGUACAUACAACCAAAGGAAUAUGCCAAACAACGUUCCGAUGCGGCUUUUAACAAUAAUUCUCACUAUUAUCAGAUCUCAAAAAGCUACCUCGUGUAGGGUACGCUAUUUUUCAGUAAAAAUUUUAAAAUUGUAUAUUAUAAGCGCGAAUAAAAGAGUGUUAUUGUCCCAGUUGAUAAA